UAUGGUGAUGGAAGAAAAGAGGAGCUAAAGCACUUUCCCUUGGACCCCAUGCCAUGUCUUAUCAGCUACCCCAAUUAUUUGUUUUAAUUUCAUCUUUCUCCAUUGUAACCCUACUCAUCUCUUUAUAUUUUUCCUUCUCUUAGCUAAAACAAUUCAUUAAAAACCAUGUCUCAAAAUCAAAUCUCUCCCUCAGAAAUUCUCCACCAAGUUUCUAUUUUUAUGAAAUGAAAGUAGAAAAAAAGUUGUCUUGGUAGUGGUGCAAAUUACUCCUUUGGGCACAACUUGGGCUAAAAAACGCCGUUGUUCGAAAAAAAUCAAGAUCGCCAGACAAGAACCCCUCUCUAAAAAGAUAGGAGAGCUUACAAGCUAUGAUGUCAAAUGAGCAAAGGAGGGAAGUAGGAGAAGGGUCAUCAUCAGCAACGACCUCAACUCUAGCACCAUCUGACCACCAUCAUCAUCUAUCACCACCACAGCCUCAAUUGAGCCGUUAUGAGUCUCAAAAACGUCGUGAUUGGAACACUUUUAGACAAUACUUGAAGAACCACAAACCCCCAGUUCCUUUAUCCCAGUGCAACUACAACCACGUGUUAGAUUUUCUCCGGUACCUAGAUCAAUUCGGAAAAACUAAGGUACAUUUAAAUGGAUGUGCCUUCUUUGGACAAGUUGAGCAAGUAGGACCAUGUACUUGUCCUCUUAGGCAAGCAUGGGGAAGUUUAGAUGCACUAAUUGGAAGGCUUAGAGCUGCUUAUGAAGAAAAUGGGGGAUUACAAGAGACUAAUCCAUUUGCUAAUAGUGCUAUAAGAAUUUAUCUUCGUGAGGUAAGAGAUUCUCAAGCUAAAGCAAGAGGAAUUUCCUAUAAGAAGAAGAAAAAGAGGAGGAAAAUUCAAAUUAAUGCUAGUAAUAACAAUCAGGCAAAUUCUUCUUGAUUAUAUCAAGAGGAAAAAUAAAUAAAU